UCAGUCGCGUUCAAUCUGUCGCUAGAGUAGGGUCCGUGCUGAUAUCCACGCGGUCUCGUUUCGUCGAAAGUGCACGCGUUAUCGAUAAAGGCAACGCCUGAACGGAGCAAGCGAGCUUAAAGUAGCAGUGCGGGAUUUGGGAAGAAACGAUUUCUCAAGUUAGACGUUCGUCUUCCGUCGAGAGAUAGAGUGUGAUUUCGUUCGUCAACGCGAUGGAAGACGAUAGACGCCCGGCAAGAAAGCUACUAUUACUUUUCUCAAAGAGGACUGUGCUAAAAUACAAACUGCUGAUUCAGUGACACAGCGUCGUUUUUCUGAACUCGACUUUUUGUGUCAGACUGUGUUUUCGUCGCUAUUUUGCCUCAGCUGCAAAUCGGACGACUCUUGGGUUGGGACAGGAGUGUCUUGUGGAAACAAAGAAAACGUGCGUUUAAAUAAACGCGUACCGUGGACAAUCAUCCGUAAUUUCGUUUUGGGGUGAACGAGAGUUAUCUCCGCAUUGAUCCAGGGGCAUAUAGGUCGCCGCGGUAACACAGUUUCGUCCGAGGAAAAACAGACUUUUCGACCGUCCACUAGGUCACGGCACCGGGCCGAGACGCGGACGAUCGUCGUUUCCAAAAACAGUGAACUCCAGAUUUCCUGUUUUCUAAUAAGACUGACUGAAAUGACACUGAUCGGUGCCGAUCGCGUUGAUAUGCUCCUCUGAGAGCCCGAGUACAUUGACACCGUGUGCCAAAUAAACGUGCCAAAGCUGUUCAUUCAAAGUACAACUUGCUGUAGUAUUAUCUCAUAGGACUAUUAUUAUUACUAACGUUAUUAUCGUUUAUUGUUGUUACCGUUGUUGUUAUAGUUUUAUCGAUAAGUUCGUUUUGUAUAUAAACGCGCGGGAUUGCCUGUCUAUCCCUCCGAUCGAGGACCAUUCGAUUCGUUUCUUUUUAUAUUCACACGGAAAUUAUUCUCGUGCGUUAUACCAAUGAGGAACAAUUACCGCAACAUGUUUUUCGCCGGCUACGGAUAUUCCAAUCAAAGCCAAAACAGUCCACCCUCGCCGACCAGAUCCAGCGUCUGGGGUAGCAUUUACAGCCCGUUCCGAAAUACAAACAUGUCGCUGCAGGACAUUACAAUGGCUACCCCAUUACUAUUAAACGGUACAAAUGUAAGAUCGCCUGGGAAGACCUCUCCGACGGGGUUGAUUGGAAACAGAGACGGGGCAGGGAUCGGUAGGACCAUGAAGGAAUACGAGGAUCAAUUAGAGGCGCUCAAGAAGGAGAACUUCAAUCUUAAAUUGAGAAUUUAUUUUCUCGAAGAGCGGAUGGGAAUCACAUCCGCGGAUGAAAAUGCGAUAAAGAAAAACAUUGAAUUAAAGGUUGAAAUCGAAUCGUUGAGGAAAGAGUUGGUUGAGAAGCAGGAGCUUCUCAGUCAGGCAGCCAAGGCGUUCGAAUUAAUUGAAGAACAGAAAGAAACUUCUUCGCGGAAUCAAGCUCAGUACCAACAAUCGCUUGAGAGUGAAAGGGAAAAGAUUAGGAAACUCGAAAAAGAAUUAGCGGAAUACCAGGAAAAGGUAAAUGAUGCAUCCAUCUACUAUAAGGAAGCUUUCGGCAUUACGCCGGAAAAGGCGCUGGAGAACGAGGAGAAACUGCAUCAAAUGGAAGAACUCGUAGCAUCACUAGAAGCCGAGGUGAAACAGGUGACGAGUAGCUUGGACGAGGAACGGAUUUGGGCGCAAGAACUCGAGAGUGAGCGUGAUGAAUUCAGGGAACGUUUAGAGGCUGAGACACGUUUGAGGGAGAAUUUGGACGCGGAGAGGCUGCAAGACAUUGAAGCGUUGCGGGACAAAGUAAAAGAGCUGGAGGAACAGAUGCUGAAAAGGGACACCGUCAUCCAGCAGUGUAGAAACGAGCUACUCGAGAAAGAAAGGGUCAUUAAGGAAAAAAAUACGCAGCUGGAUGAGAAGUGUCGCAUGUACGAGGAGGUAAACGCGGUCUCGGAAAAAAGGAAAAAGCAAGUCGAUCAGUUGAGGACGUCUAUAAAAACCAGGGACGAUGCCCUCACGGAUCUGAACAACAAACACCGUGCCUUGCUCUCUCAGUUCGAAAACGGUUAUGGUAGAAGGUCACCCCCGACCAGUCCAUCAGGUACGAAUCCAAUAGAAGAUCCCUUGCAGGCAAGAAUGGGUCAAAAGUUAUCUUGCACGUCAAGAAGAGGUAACAGUAGUCUCGAUUGGGAACCAAAUCGAGAAAGGUCAACAAGAGUGAAGUCGCCGAUACGAACUCUCACCGGAGAACCGAAGGACGUGCGAGAUUUAGUCAGGGAACUGGAGGAAAAGGACAACGAAGUGAAACGUCAAGAGGAAGCGAGAAAGCAAUUGGUAUUAAAAUUGUGCAACAUGCAGAAGCACGCGGAGACGACGGAUUACAAGUUGAAAAAACUGGAGGGUGAACACGAGAAGGCGAUCAAGACGAUUCAAGGUUUCAUGGAGAGGCAGCAACAGCUAGAGAGCACGAAGUUGAGGAAGGAGCAGAAGAUCAUGGAGCUGGAAAUCGAACUGAACAGGCUGCGGGAGUGCGAGAGCAUGAAGUCGGGGAGGGACGGGCACAAUCAGUUCGUUCGACGAGACUUCAGCACCGAUAUGACGGACGACCCAGAGCGUGAUCCCAACAAUCAGCAACGAUUCGACGAAAUGGAAGCCAAAAUUAACGAUCUGCGAGACCAAGUAGAGGCCAUCAAGGCUGAGAAGACUCGCUUGGAGAAGCAGAUUGAAGUCGAAUCGGAGGAACUGCAAGGGCGACUUCAGGAGAGGGAACAGAAAAUAGAAGUGUUGGAAAUCGAGAAGCAGACAAUAAAGGAGCAGCUCCAGGACAAGAUGAAGGAGCUGGACGAAUUGAAGGAAACCGCGAAAAACGAAGUCGAGGAUUCUACUUGCCGGGAGGACCUCCUCCGUGAGAUACAGAAUCGUGACGCGGAGAUCGAAGAGAAGAAUCGUAAGAUCGAGCAGCUGUCGAAGGAGUUGCAAGUGAAGACACAGAACCUGCAGAAGCUGGUGAAUACGGAGCUGUGGAGCAAAAACAAGGAGAUCGCGAAGCUGCACAAUCACAUGACCGCUGCCUCUCACUGUCACGAAAGGAGCCGAAACAAGUCGGACGUGAUGCAAGAAAGCGCGAGCGCGCAGCUAUCGAGCCUGAUCAAAGAGCUGAACGACAUUGGCAUCAAGGUGAUGUUUACUAAUGAGGUGAUCCAACUGAACUACGUCGACGGGAACGAGCCCAUAGACGUAAAAACGAUGACGGGCUAUGUACAGAAGCUGGUGGCGCAGAAAAAUGACCUCGAGAAGGAAGUCGAUUACCUAAAGUGGCUGAAGCUCGUCUCGAAACCAGACAUCGCGACGGAGAUUGAUGGAUAUGGUGAUGACCAAACGGAAAAAGCUAAGAAGUACUGCGAGCUGUUGCGCACGCAUUUGAAGGAUUUGGUGAAAUUCAUGAAGGAGAUGCUGAAGAACGUGGACUACGCGGACACCAUCGGUAACGAACGCAGGAAGAUCGUGUUCGACGUUCUGAUGAGCUCGAAGAUACUGUCCGACGAUUUCGUAAACGCGCUCGAAGGGAUUUCGAUGAACGACUUGGCGUUUAUGACCGACGAGAUCAACGCGAGAUCUAUGAACAGUUCGGUGAAGAAGAGCCGGUCUGACAAUCUGCUCGGCGGCGCGAUAAAUCAAGGGUCCACGCAAUCCGACUCGGAGGCGUUCUCCGAACCGGAUAGAACCGUUUCGAUGGCUAGAAUCGGACUACAGGAGACGCAACAGAAAUCUCUGAACCGAGCCAGAUUUUCCAAGUACACUAAAACGUUCACGGAUUCCGAAGAUUCGCUGGAAUAUGUGCCUUAUCAUAAAACUUAUCAAAACGACCUGAACGAUUCUGAGGCUAAUCAUCAGAUACAGGAGAUCAAGGAAACGAACGCUCUCCUGUACACGGAGCUCAGUGCCCUUAGAAACGAGUUGACGGCUAAAAUUUCCAUCGAUUGCACGUUAGACGAGAAAAUAACGCCGUUGAUUGUUAAACUGGAAAAAUCGCAGAAAUUCUGCGAGAGGUUGCAAUCAGCCUUAGAUAGAAGAGUACACGAAGUCCACGCGUUGAAGAAAGAAAAUAAACAAAACUGUGCACGUAGAAUGCAGUUGGAGAAGAAACUGGCCGACUUAGAGAACAUGGCAACGGAGAUGAAUAAGCAAAAGGCUGACUUGGCGCAUUACAAGGAAGACGCUGAAAGAAAAACUGCUGAAAUGCUAAUAACGCUCAACAGAGAAAAUGAUACGUUGCGAACGCGAAUUAAGAAACUGGAAGACGAAAACGAGGCCGCGAAAGCAAACAUAUCGACGUUAACGAAAGAGCUCGACCACCUGACUCUUUCGCACAGCCAAAUCCUCGUGGAGAACACGAAAUUAACGAAUGAUAAAUUGCGUUUGGAGCAAGAAAUAAGGAAAACGGAGAGCAGAUGCGAUAUAACUGUUCGCUCCAUGCACGAUAAAUUCAACAAAGAGAUAUCAGAUUUGAAUCAAAUCAACGAGUCGCAAAGAGCAAGGCUACAGGAAUUAGAGGUGAUGAACAAAGAACUUCGAAGGCAUGUUGCGAUUUGCGAAGCAAGCGAUUCAGCGCCAAGUUCCAGUGGUGUUUCCUCGAUACCAGCUGAUACUUUGCUGAAGCAAACUUGCGAGGAUAUUAUGCAAGAAUAUCAGGCAUACAAUAAUUUACAGUACUGGGUGCCAAUAAGUUACUCAACGCUCGGUGGACGCAGUAAAUCAAGUUGUUCGCCAGAUUUAGGAAUCGAGAGUGAUGCAGCUGUUUCUACUUUGAGGCCAUUGAAAGAUACUUUGAAAAUUACUGAAUCCAUGACUAAUUUGUUGAGCGACGAAGAUGCUAACAAUGGUAAUAGGCCAGUUCGAGAGGUCGACAGCGAAAGUCCGUUGCCGAUAGAAGGUCUCGAUGAAGUGGAAGCUUUGAAACAGGAGAACGAAACGUUAAAGAGAAGAUUGAUGAAAACAAGAAGGGCAUUGGAAGAUACGUUCCAACAUCUUUCAGCGUCGAAUAAGAACAAGAAGAACGUCGAGAAGGCGAUAACAAAACAAUUACAGAUCACCAAGAGUAUAUUGAAGAAAACUAGGACGUAUGAGGAACCGUUGGACAACUGAUGGUGUUGAUGGAAAUCUCGAACAGAAUGCCAUCGUGUACGGGGAAGAGAAACAAAAUAUAAAGUUGCUGUCCGUUUCAGAUUUUUAAAAGCUGACAUUAUCAUUUAUAUUUUUAUAAUCUCUUCUUUACUAUAUUUCUGUCUUUUACACGCUGUUUGAUUGAUUUUAAAUCUCGAACAAUUGUUGAUAAACUAAAAGCUAUAUUUUUACAAAUUGAUGAUGAACCGACAGCGGCGCUUGUUGCAUCUUGUAAAAACUGUCAAAAAGUAUUUUCAUACAUCUCACGAAACAUUGUACGAAGAGAGCAAGAAAUUAAUAUAGACACAAAGAUGAAAAGAAAGAAAGCUUCGUUGAAUGAAACGGAGAUGAACAUGUGAAUUUUGUACAUAAUUGUGUAUGUGUAUUAGAGUUCUUUUGUAGAUUGUUUAUUUUCUCUCUCUCUCUCUCUCUUUCUCUCCAAAGGUUAUUGCAACCUUGUCAUCGAAUCGAAAACUGUCCAUUUUAUCGUACUUCGUUCUCUCGACGAUCAGAAAUUCGCGCGCGUGUACAUAUAAACACCGAGAAUAUCAUCACACAGCAUCUGUACAUAGUCUUCGCAAAUAAAGUGCCAUUGAUAUUUCA